AUGUGUUCGAACAGUGGUCGUCAGUUAUCGCUACCACCAAAAGAUAAUUUGUGUGUAGUACCCGUGAAAAAGGCGGACGAUCUAAGUACUAAAUAUGGUAUUAACGAUGAAAAGAAUGCAGUUGUGAAUAAUGUGAAGAAACGGGUUAAAAAAACAAGAUCUCGACCACUGAGUAUUGAAUUUCCAGUUCAUAACAAGAAUGGCUUGACUCGGAUCGAUUGUUCCUACGUUAAUAAUGGCCAAGCAGAUGAUGGUAAUCAUUGCGAUGGCAAUCACAUAACAUCAGUUAUGGAUUAUAGUACGGAUAAAUUUCCACGUACCGUAAGCACUUUAGCAGAUCAGCAAAAACUCGAUGAAAUAUUACCGCUAAUGAAAAAUAUCUUUCGUGAAUUUUUACUCAAUAUUGGAAGUAAUGUGAGCAAUCUGGAACAACUAAAAGAAUUUUUAUCAAUGACUGAAAUAUGUGACGAUGAAGAAAAAGUUUUGAAUGAACUCAUAAAUGAUGGCUAUCUUCUGCAGUUAAUCGAACGUUCUGAAUUAUUCGAUAUCGCCUUUAGUGGUACUCAGGUGAUUCUCACAUCUAAAAAGAACGAUUCGGAGAGUCUAAUAAAGAAAAGGAAUAUAUUCGAAAAUCUACUUUUAACAGGUUCCUCUGAUAUUGGCUAUGCUGAUCAAAUGAAUAAAAUGGAUAAUGAAAAUUCAGACUUACAAUUUCAUGGUAUUCCAAUGAAUAGUGCAUCAGCUGACUUGUUGACUGUGGUUGAUUCUUUUUUUGCAUUUGUCCGUGAAUUAUGGGCCGUUGAAUGGUGCUAUCUGGUUGUAUUUUAUGUCAUAGCUAGGUCCAUGGUGAAUUAUGAUGUGUGGAGUGGGGAGUCGUUAGAGCAUGAUGUCAUUCGAAGCGUUGCUCCUUUCAAAGAUAUUCUGGUUCAACAUUUGAAGCAACAAUUGGAGGAACGCGAUAAAGAAUUCACUCGAAUGAAGGAGCAAGCAGCCGCACUCAUAGUUGAGACAAACAAAAUAAUAGUCGAAAAGGAAAUACUUGAGAAGCGGUUAAUAGAUAUGGAAAAUAGGGCAAAAUAUCAUAGAAACCAUCAUCUUAUGCAAAGCGGGUCUGAUCAAACAUGUUUAUCGUUCGAACGUGAAAAGAUUGUGGAACGUGAGUUAAGUGAGAUCCGUAAUGAAAAUGCGGCCUAUAAACGAUUGUUGGUAGCAGAUCAUAGUCGUUUGAAGAAAGCGUAUAAGGAGUUAUUGGAAUUACGACUGGGAAAAGCAAAGAGUUUAGCGAUACGACGUAUUGAACAAGCAAAAAGUGGUUUUGCUCAUGCUAAUAUUCUGUAUAAUAGGUGUGCUUCAAGCGAAGUGAAAAAAGAUAUUGAACAGGUAAUGAAUCAAUGGAAACAAAUUGGUGUUGAUUACGAGGAGUGGUUGACAAAUUUAGAUAAGUUGGCUGGUGCACAAAAGGUAUUAAUUGACGAAGAUAAGGAUUUUGACGAAUUACCUUUGUUGACACCACCAAAUCAUAUUCCUAGUGCUCCAUCGUUACCGUCUAGUCUAAUUGACUGGUUGAGCUCUUCGAAUUUGACAUUCCCAAAUUUUAUUCCAAGGAAUGGCAAUACUGAAGACGCAAGUGAUUGUGCUGCUGCAUCAUCGCAGAAUGCAUCUACUGCAUUAUCACCAAGCCUCGGAAGCGAUUUAUGUCGUGGUGGUCUUUUCGGUGCUAUAGGACAACGCAAAGUUUCGAAAUCAAGCGCAUUUAGUGACAAUCGCAUCAAAACUCAUGUCGCACCAUGUAUUCAGGCUGAAAGUAGCAGUUCUAAAGCUCCAUGGGCGACAACUUCGUCGUCGCAUGUUGAAUGUAAUAGACCGGUUAGUGUUGAUCAUCACGAAUGUAAAAUCUGUUUAAAUGCAAUGACCGUUGGUGAAAAAAUGUUAAAGUGUCCAAACUCUGGUUGUAAUGAACCUUAUCACAAAGAGUGUGUUCUCAUCUGGGUGAAAAGUGAUAGUACAUGUCCAAAUUGUAGAGGUUUAUGGAGGGAUCCAACAGAGUUUCCGACUUUGCCAUCCGCUUUGCCUACAUAA